CCUGCCCAGGUCACAUCCAAGAAGCUGAGAAUGAAUGACACAUGGAAGUCAUCUUUCAAGAACCUCAGAACCUGAUAUAAAUUCCAAUCAGAAUGGAAGAGGAUCCUUACCCCAAUGAAACUAUUGCCAACAGCACUCCAGUAAGUCACCAGCCUCUGUCAAGACACAGUUUAUGGGAAGUUAUCACCAUAGCAACAGUGACAGCCAUAGUGAGCUUGGGUACCAUUGUAGGCAACAUUUUGGUCAUGCUAUCUUUCAAAGUCAACAGUCAGCUCAAGACAGUCAACAACUAUUACCUGCUCAGCUUGGCCUUUGCUGACUUGAUCAUUGGGAUCUUUUCUAUGAACCUCUACACCACCUAUAUCCUCAUGGGGCGCUGGGCUCUGGGAAGCCUGGCCUGUGACCUGUGGCUUGCCCUGGACUAUGUGGCCAGCAACGCUUCGGUCAUGAACCUCCUGGUGAUCAGCUUUGACCGCUACUUCUCGAUUACCAGGCCUCUGACCUACAGGGCCAAGCGCACCCCGAAGCGGGCAGGGAUCAUGAUUGGUCUGGCCUGGUUGAUCUCCUUUAUCUUGUGGGCGCCGGCUAUCCUCUGCUGGCAGUAUUUGGUUGGGGAGAGAACCGUCCCCCCUGGGGAGUGCCAAAUCCAAUUCCUCUCAGAACCCACCAUCACCUUUGGCACUGCCAUCGCUGCCUUCUACAUCCCAGUGUCCGUCAUGACCAUACUCUACUGCCGCAUCUACCGGGAAACCGAGAAACGCACCAAGGAUCUGGCCGAGCUCCAGGGCUCUGUUUCUGUGGCUGAGUUUGAGAGCAAGUCUCCACCAAAAACCCUGCUUAAGUCCUGCUUCAGCUGCCGGCAGCCGACCGUGACCAAGAAGGAAAGACGCCUGGCUUCCUGGUCAUCCUCGAGCAGGAGCACCUUGGCCGCCAGAAGGCCUUCUCAGCCUGCCAGUGCCAACGGCGACUGGGCCAGAGAAGAGCAGCUCACCACUUGUAGUAGUUAUGCCUCCUCAGAAGAUGAAGACAAGCCAGUCGCUGGGCCAGGCUCCCCAGCGGCCUACAGGAGCCAGGCCAAAAAAAGCCCGGAGGAGGAAUUCAGUGCUGAAGAGACCAAGAAAGCUUUGGUGAGAGAAAAUCCCAUGAAUGAUAACUACGAGACGAAGAAAUAUGUCUCGUCCCCAACCCCUAUUCGGGGCCCCAAGAGUCAAAAAUGUGUGGCAUACAAAUUCCGGUUGAUAGUAAAGGCUGAUGGGAGUCAGGAGACCCACAAUGGCUGUCAUAAGGUGAAAAUUAUACCUUGUUCAGUCCCUGUAUCCAAGGAACCUUCCACAAAAGGCAUGGAUUCCAGUCUCAGCAGCCAAAUGACCAAGAGGAAGAGGAUGGUCCUGGUGAAGGAGAGGAAAGCAGCCCAGACGCUGAGUGCCAUCCUGCUGGCUUUCAUCAUCACAUGGACCCCCUAUAACAUCAUGGUGCUGGUGUCCACCUUCUGUAGCAAGUGUAUCCCUGUCACCCUGUGGCACCUGGGCUACUGGCUAUGCUAUGUGAACAGCACUGUCAACCCCAUCUGCUAUGCCCUCUGUAAUAAAACUUUCAGGAAGACCUUUAAGAUGCUGCUCCUCUGCCGGUGGAAGAAAAAGAAAGGUGGAUGAGAAGCUCUGCUGGCAAGGGAAUAGCAAACUGCCGUGAAGUGGCAGCUCCCCUCAUGGCAGCUAUUGCAGACAGGGCUUCCUAGAAUGAGCGGGCCUGCAGCAUUUGUUUUCUUUCAUCAAAAAUAAAACUAUCAUUUUAUGUACCUGAGAACUAACUAAAAGAGAAGGCCCCAGAAACAUCGGCCUUGACACUGGAAUGCCAGCAGCCGCAGGAACUCUCUAUGGAUCACUUUUUGGCCAGAUGAAGGCUGGCCAAGGCCAUUGUCAGAUGGGCCAUUGAUGUGUGUAGUCACUUGGAAGAGAAGGAACCCCUUGUGAUAUGUACCAUUGAUUUGAGGGGCACCCAUCGAGCCAAUAUGAUUAUCUGCUGCAGCAAAAGGAAUCAGAUGGAAAUUAUCUACCUUUGGGUCAUUCCAUCGGGUUAUGUGCAAUGUGUAUACAUCAUGAGUACCUCAUACCUGGAAACCUGAUGAAGUAAGUCAGUGUCCUUAUAAACAGGAGUGGGGUUUAACUUCCUGACAAGAAUGUAUUUAUUUAUUUAUGAAUCAAUCAAUGAGUAUUCAUAGUGUACCCACAAUGUGCCUGGCACUGUGCUAUUUCUUCAUGUUCUUAUCUUCCAAAUGAAACUUUACAUCUCCUUUCCAUGAUACACACUAAUCUCUUUGGGCCCACCAAACAAGUCCUCAAUUCUUCAAAACUGGCUUUUUAAAAGAAAAUCUGAAUUCUACAUCUGAUAAGAGCCUCCAACUUAGUAAUUACCAUACCAAGAGAAAGGCCUAUUCUUUGGUACUAGCAAGUCCCCUAAUGACCCAUCCCACUUUUUUUGUUGCUUGAUGAAGAAACAUGUUGUGGUAGAUGGCCUUGGAGUGAGGAAGACCUGAGUUUGA